AUGCCGGAGAAUACAUGGUAUGAGAUCGGGCGACAUGGAGAUACGCACGUGUAUCUCACUAGGUGUUGCGGGUCAGACAGCCUGCUCCCGUUGCGGCUCCAACAACAACGACGGGGAGAUAUCCAAUGCUGGAAAUCCCGGGGAAGUGUUGGGAAGACCGUGCCUCCAGAAUCAUGCAUCUCCGAGAAGGCCCAGAGAAAGACUCUGACAAUAAGCCAGAGAUCAACCAAACCCUUUAAUAAACUUGUUAGGCAAUCAAGCUCCAGGGAACAAGGUAUCCCCGAGCCCAACCUUUCGGCUAAGAUUCGAACCUACUCGCACAAUGCCCUUGAAUGUGAGAACAAUAGAUUUAUAUCUAGCAAUCACCGUGGCCACUGCGAUCCCUCUUGCUUUUCUGCUAUCGCUCAAAUGGCCGACCGGAAAGCCAAGGAUGAAAAGAGCCGGGCGAUGCUGGCGAUAAUUUUUGGUCUCAAGAAGCUGAAAGUGCUUCACACGAGAGGACCUUGUGUCUAUUCUCAGCAUGGACUCCGAAGUGGUUGGCCUGGCGAAGUGUCCAAAACUUGGCAGUGA